CGACUUGUCAUCAACAGCAGGUUGGGUGCGCGACGGAAUGCCCAAUCGUCUCAACCUCCCAAGUUAACAUUGCGCAUAUGGAAGCAGCCAGGCAGAAUUUUGGGACGACAGGGCCUCUUCCGACGGAGCUAUGGAUUGCCAUAGUAUCCCACAUUUCCUCUCCGACCAUUCUCUGGCAUAUCCGCUCCGUCAACACUGUGUUCCGGCAUAUUGCGCUAGCGGCAAUUUACGGUGUUUACACAGGAACAAACGCAGUACUUCUUUCAGAUCCUGACCUUGAAGAUUCUGCGACAGAUAGUCUGAAGAAAAAACUUGAGAAAGGACCUGGGCGUCCGCGCCUGUCUCUCAACUUCAGCCUCCCAUCGCCAGCUUGUUCCCCAGAGCCCGCCACAUAUCUGCUUAGCCCUCGCCUUCCGCCUGCUCUCAAUUCCUCCAUCAGGAGCGGCAUUCUCCCCGAUCUGCAUUUUCUCCCGGAUACCCCGUAUGAGGAGUAUGCGGCGAUGGAAGGCUUUCGGGGAUUUGCUGCAUUGGUGGUGAAAACUGCCAAAAAGAUUCAGAGAGAUGUGGCAGCGCUAGAGGACGAAUACAGCGAUGAAGAGUCGACAGUGGAUGAAUGGUCAAAGUUCACUGGCUGGCACAAAGAAAACACAUCAGUGCCACGUGAAGGACAUGUAACUAGCAAAGAGCAAGAACCGCAGCAUUCGACACGGGCUCCGGGACAGAUCAAAAACCACCUCAAGGUGGUUGCAGCAUUCUUGAAAAUGGGUCGAGCGGAUCUGACAGGGCAGCAUAUGGCACGAUUUUCCACACAUCUGCGAUUUUCAUACGAUCUACUGCUUGGGCACAUCCUCUCCACCUACGACCGGAUCUGUCAACACUCAUAUGUUCGCGCUGAACCACAGUUAUCCCUUCUCGCCCUCACUUGGCGUGUUAUCGAAGUGAUUGCACCUUCGACCCACACACGUGAUCUCCGCAUAUGCAACAACCGCGCUUGUUGUAAAGGCGCACUCAAGAUUGGUUUUCACCAUACUUUAUGGUCUCAAAGUUGUAAGCCUCCGCACGAAACUCAGGAGGAUACCAUCGACCAUCCGUAUUCCACAAUUGUGUAUCUCAAUUCCGCAGAAAGACAGUCAGUGUCUUCGCCACCCACGGAUCGAUAUUGCGAAACGCUAUGGGACGGAACAUAUGGAAAGGUCGUGUUAACGACUGAGCGUCUCCACCUUUCUCGGGCACAUCCGCCGGCAUAUUUGGAACUGGCGUAUCUAUCUCAUUCUGACAGCGAUCAUGCUAGCUUAGUCACUGUCAAAGUGGUCGCCAGCCCAAUGUGGCUACUCAAAGGCCAGAUACUUGAAGGCACCUCCGGCAUUGAAGAAGCGAUAAAGAGAAUGGAAAAGGCUAUGGAAAAGGCAGUGGAGGCAUUGGAAAUGGUCGGCAACGCUUUUGGGAGGCGUGCGGGCGACUAGGGUGGCAGCUUAGGUACAAAUACGAAAAAUCAUCGCAUUAUACUGUAGCUCUCCAAUAUAUCCGCAUCUUGGUAUUGGACAAUAAGCAACCGAGCACACGAGGCGGACUACAA